UUUGUCACUUCCGGAUUUGAGGAAACCUCUUCCGCCCCCUUUAAGUAACCAAAACAACUAUGGCGACUUACGGACAGGUCGGCAGGUUGUUGGGUAUUUCAGCAGGAUUCAUGCGGCCUCUUGCUGGCGCUGGGUGUCAGCGAACUGGAUUCAGUUGGCCCUCUCAUGCCACAGGAGUUUCAAACAGAUGGCCGCAAAACCCGUUCUGGGUUGUUCCUGGGAGGAGCAUGUUUGUGCAGACACAGGACACACCAAAUCCAAAUAGUCUGAAGUUUCUUCCUGGUCGAAUAGUUCUUGAGGAGGGGACCAUGAACUUUGCAGGCCCUCGGGAUGCAUUCUGCUCUCCCUUGGCGAGACAGCUGUUUAGGAUUGAUGGAGUCAAGAGUGUCUUCCUGGGCCCCGAUUUCAUCACCAUCACCAGGUCAGGUGAAAAUAUGGAAUGGAAAGUAAUCAAGCCAGAUGUUUUUGCUGCCAUUAUGGACUUCUUUACUUCUGGACUUCCUGUUGUAAAUGAGGACAGCAAGCCAAGUGCAGAUACAGCAGCCUCAGAUGAUGACGAUGAAGUAGUUGCUAUGAUCAAAGAGCUGCUGGAUACUCGCAUAAGGCCAACGGUGCAGGAAGACGGAGGGGAUGUUCUGUACCGGGGGUUUGAGGACGGCAUUGUCAAACUCAAGCUGCAAGGCUCCUGCACCAGUUGCCCCAGUUCCAUAGUUACUUUGAAGAGCGGAAUCCAAAACAUGCUGCAGUUUUAUGUACCUGAAGUUGAAUCAGUGGAGCAGGUGAAGGAUGAGGAGGAAGAAGCAGCUCAAUGGACAGAGAGGAGGGCGAGGCUUCCUGACAGGCGUCCCCAGCUACCCGACGCAGUAGCUGUAUCUGGCAACCGAGAAGAAGACAUGUGUGGAAUCUUUGCUUAUCUCAACUAUCACGUGCCAAGGACUCGCCGUGACAUCCUUGAGAUCCUCCUCAAAGGUCUGCGACGUCUGGAGUACAGAGGCUAUGACUCAGCUGGUGUGGGGAUAGAUGGAGGAAAUGGCAAAGACUGGGAGUCCAAUGCAAGAACUAUCCAGCUGAUCAAGCAGCGUGGAAAAGUGAAGGCCCUAGAUGAGGAAAUCCACAAGCAGCAGGAUAUUGACUUGGAUGUGGAGUUCGAUGUUCACCUUGGCAUUGCCCACACCCGCUGGGCGACCCACGGCGUGCCCAGCCCGGUCAACAGUCACCCACACAGAUCUGACAAGAACAACGAGUUCAUUGUCAUUCACAAUGGAAUUAUCACCAACUACAAAGACCUGACUAAGUUUCUGGAGAGCAAAGGCUACGAGUUUGAGUCGGAAACUGAUACAGAAGCCAUUGCCAAACUGGUGAAGUACAUGUAUGACAACCGGGAGAAUGACGACAUUAACUUUGCCACGUUGGUUGAGCGUGUAACUCAGCAGUUGGAGGGAGCCUUUGCUCUGGUUUUCAAGAGUGUCCACUAUCCCGGAGAGGCAGUGGGCACAAGGAGGGGAAGUCCGCUGCUGAUGGGUGUGCGCAGUGAUCACAAGCUGUCCUCCGAUCACAUCCCUGUGCUUUACCGCUCCUCUGGUAAAGACAAGAAGAGCUGCGGUGCCCUUCCCAGGACGGAUCAGGACACCUGCCUGUUCCCUGUGGAUGAAAAAGCCGUGGAAUAUUACUUUGCCUCUGAUGCUAGCGCUGUCAUCGAGCACACAAACCAGGUGAUCUUCCUGGAGGACGAUGACGUGGCCGCAGUGAUGGAGGGCCGGCUGUCCAUUCACAGGAUAAAGCGCACGGUGGGAGACCACCCGGCCCGCGCCAUCCAGACUCUGCAGAUGGAGCUACAGCAGAUCAUGAAAGGCAACUACAGCUCCUUCAUGCAGAAGGAGAUCUUCGAGCAGCCGGAGUCUGUGGUAAACACCAUGAGAGGGAGGGUCAACUUCGACAACAACACAGUGACCCUGGGGGGACUGAAAGACCACAUCAAAGAAAUCCAGAGGUGUCGGAGGCUUAUCCUUAUUGCCUGUGGCACCAGCUACCAUGCUGGAGUGGCGACCCGCCAAGUCCUGGAGGAGCUAACGGAGCUGCCCGUCAUGGUGGAGCUGGCCAGCGACUUCCUGGACAGGAACACGCCAGUCUUUCGAGACGACGUGUGCUUCUUCAUCAGCCAGUCAGGAGAGACUGCGGACAGCCUCAUGGCCCUGCGCUACUGUAAGGAGAGAGGAGCUCUGACUGUGGGCGUCACCAACACAGUGGGCAGCUCCAUCUCCAGGGAGACCGACUGUGGAGUCCACAUCAACGCCGGGCCGGAGAUUGGAGUUGCUAGCACGAAGGCCUACACCAGUCAGUUUGUGGCCCUGAUCAUGUUUGCUCUCCUGAUGUGCGAUGACCGCAUAUCAAUGCAGCCCAGACGCCGGGAGAUAAUCCAGGGCCUGAGAGUGCUCCCAGAUCUGAUUAAGGAGGUCCUCAGUAUGGAUGAUGAAAUCCAGAAGUUGGCGACAGAGCUGUACCAGCAGAAGAGCGUACUGAUCAUGGGCAGAGGCUACCACUAUGCCACCUGCUUGGAAGGAGCCCUGAAAAUCAAGGAAAUCACCUACAUGCACUCGGAGGGUAUCCUGGCCGGGGAGCUCAAACACGGCCCGCUGGCCCUGGUGGAUAACGUCAUGCCAGUUAUCAUGAUCAUUAUGCGAGACCACACCUACGUCAAGUGUCAGAACGCCCUGCAGCAAGUCGCUGCCCGCCAGGGCCGCCCCAUCGUGAUCUGUGACAAAGAUGACCGCGAGACCAUCAAAAGCUGCUGUCGCAGCAUCAAAGUGCCUCGAUGUGUGGACUGCCUGCAGGGCAUCCUGAGCGUCAUCCCCCUGCAGCUGCUCUCCUUCCACCUGGCCGUCCUCAGAGGUUACGAUGUGGACUGUCCAAGAAACCUGGCCAAGUCUGUGACAGUAGAGUAAACCUCCCCGUUCACCGCCUGGCUGACACUCACUCAAACACUGACAUCAAAGGAGCGUCUGCUAAGAGAAAAAGGAGACAACGUCCUGUUUGGGUGUCCUGUGUCGUCGCUCUUUUUAACGCAAUCUUUUGAUCGAUACUUGUGUAAAUUACUGUUGCAUCCCUCUGUCUCCAUAGCUCUCGAAACCUCCGGCAUCAUUGUUACUAUUAUUAAUGCAGUUUAGUCCAUGGUGGCAGGGACGGGGCUGACACCGUCAUCCUGUUUAAAAAAAAAAAAAACUCUUUAACUUUCCUGACCCUGUAGCAACUUUCAGUGACCAUACAUGUGUAUUUACAUUCUUGCUCAAAACAUGGGCUGUCCAUGUUUGUUUGUUGGGUGUCUGUGAUAGCUGAUGUUAAAGCUGCUGGCUUAGAGAAGUUCAGCUUUGAAGGCCAUCCUAGCUCAUUUUUUCUCUUUGUGCAAUGAUUUAUAGGUUACAUGGGAUAUUUUCUUUGGCAGCUAAUGAUUCAAAGUGUUUUUACUCCACAGCUGAAGUAAACCAGUGUCUUAAAUCAUUCCAAACCACAGGUCAUCAGCUCUUUGUAAUUGCAGCUCAAAUUGGCCAGUUUUGACUCUGUUCCCAUCUUGGAUUUUGUUCUGAGACAUUCAGUGCACCACAGGAGUAGCAUCACAAUUCAGGUCAUUAAAAAAAGAAAAACACAUAGACGUUAGUGGAGCCCUCAUUCUCCUGUCUUCUCUGACAUCUGUUUUGUACAAUCCCAGUUUGAUGGUAGCUGUCAAAUAGAGUUUAUCUGUGGGUUGCUUGUUAUUUCAAAAGUUACUGAAGUGGUGAGGAAAAAGUUACUAAGUUACAAGUUGUACUCAUCUGCCAGCCCCCCCCCCCCGCGCCUCCAUGACCGCUGCAAUACAGGGACCAUUUGUGGCGUGUUUUAUCCAUUUGUCUUUUUUUUUAUGUCAAACAACCUUUUAUAUUGUGGAAGUGUCUUAUUCUUUUGUUUGAAGGGUGGAUGUUACUGUCAUCUAAAGAUAUCAAACCAAAAAUCUCUCUGAUGGCUUUGAUAGUAGUGAACCAAAACAUAUAUAUUGUAUAUGUUUGUCCAUUAUUGUUUUUACAGUCAAACUUGAUGCUGGUAGAUUGAAGGCAUUUUAGGCAAAGGGACUGCAUGUCCCUGUGUAGUGAAGUUUGAGCCCAGCUUCUCUUUUUCUUUGAAAGCUAAGGAGAAGAUCAUGUGCACACAAUUUAGCCAAACAAGUUUCCUUUGAAUAGAAAAAAAAAAUAGAUGCCAAGUUUUGGUUUGAAGUCAGUUAUCGCUUUUGCAAUCAAGCCUUAAUUUAGAUUGUUUUUUUUAAUGCCUCUUCUCUGAAACAUUAUGCUGCUCCUGAGCCAGUGAAAGGAAUAGAAACUGGACUAUGUAGUACACCUUCCCUUAUACCCCCCCCCCCCUCUCUUUAUUUUCCCCUUCUUCCUUCACCAGGAUGCUUUGACAAGACAUGGCACCAAAUCCUUCCACCAUUUGUUAGAAGCUGUAUGGGUUAGUGGGAGCUAUUUAUGAGUGGGUCUGAUGCAAUAAAGUGUCAAAUGCUUCUUCUUUUGAAGUGUCUUGAGAUAUCUCAUUUAAAUUUGUUUUAAAAAAGCAACAGUUCAUAUAAGCGCAUGCACACAGCCAUAAACGUCUGUAAUAAGCCUCUCUGAUAAACCAUUUAAAGGACGAGUUAUUUUUUAUUAAGACUCUGAAAUUGGAUUCCACACAUACAUUUGGGCGACCAUUAAAAACGUAAACAUUUCGUUACUGAACAACGUAUGCAAGAGAUUUUUUUUAAAACGUCCACAGGCUGGAAACGAACCCCAGAGCCUGGACGAGGCCCGUCGGGGGUCCGGCGUCCGUGAGGAGGGAGAGGACGUGCCAGCAGCCGGCCUCUACGGCCAGCUUGACCAGCGCGAACAGGCCCGAGGCCUGCACCCUCACAAGGGCGCGCGCCGGGCACCCG